AUGUCGGCGUGUUCAAAGCAGCCCGGGACGCCGCUGCCCCACUUCAGUGACAGGCAGCAGCAGAUUCAGCCACUGAGGAGAACGUCUCUACAGCGUCUUCCAAACACACAGGCACAGCCUCUGCCUCUGCCUCUGCCUCUGUCUCUGUCUCUGCCUCUGCCUCUGCCUCUGCCUCUGCCUCUGCCUCUGCCUCUGCCUCUGCCUCAGCCUCUGCCUCUGCCUCUGCCUCUGCCUCAGCCUCUGCCUCUGCCUCUGUCUCUGCCUCAGCCUCAGCCUCAGCCUCUGCCUCUGCCUCUGUCUCUGCCUCAGCCUCUGCCUCUGCCUCUGCCUCUGCCUCUGUCUCUGCCUCUGCCUCUGUCUCUGCCUCAGUCUCUGCCUCUGUCUCUGCCUCUGCCUCAGUCUCUGCCUCAGUCUCUGCCCCUGCCUCAGCCUCCGCCUCAGCAGACAUUUUGA